AUGCAAAGAGCUUGUUGGUAUGUGCCAUUUUUUCUUGCCAACCCCUUCCCCUUUCCCAGGGGUUCCAAUUCAGCAAUUCACACCCAAGUGAAAAAGAAGGGACAAGCCUGCCUGGAGUUUGUGCUGACUUUUGAAGAUGUCACCCUGAAGGCGAUGAAGAAUGGACGAGUGAUUGAGACGUCUCCGAAGUACACCACGAAGCAUGAAGGGAAGAAAGCAGAGCUUAUCAUUAAUGCUGCUGAACUGAGUGACUCAGGAGGUUGCACAGCGAUGUAGGCUACACAAGACAGUGACCCUAAUGAGCAGUACAGCAGUGCCAGCGUAACUGUGGAAGAGACAUUUGCAACCAUGAAGAACAUGUGUGAUGUUCACACUCUAAUCAGGGAUCCUGCUGAGCUCUUUGUUGUCCUGAAUAAUGCAAAGGUGGAAGGAAUAUGGCUCAAGGAUGGCAAAUAGAUUACGGACAUGAAAAGGAUCUGGAUAGUGAAGCAGGGAGCCAUCCACAAACUCAUCACUGACAGAAUGGGAGAGGAGCAUGAAGGGAGGUAGAUGUUCAGAGCCAAGGGGGCAGAGAGUGGAGCAACAGUUGCCACUGGAGAUUCUCCUGUUAUUGAAGAAUCUGUCCUCGAGAUUUUUGCUGCAAAGAGCGUUACUGUGAAGACUAAGCAUACAGCAAGCAUCAAGGUGCCUUUCAAGGCAAAGCCAAUGCCCAAAGUCACAUGGUUCAAAGAUGAUAUUGAAGUGACAAAGGAAGAGAAAGUAGUGACGGAGAAAACCAGUGAUGCAUUACUCACAAUCAAAACCUGUGUGAGAGAAGACAGUGGAGCCAUUAUGCUGAAUCUGAAAAGUCACUGUGGCUCGGCUUCUGACAGUCCUUACCUCAACUUUGUUGACAAACCAAAACCCCCACAGGGGAAAGCAGAGUUCCUGCAACACAUGGGGAAAUGUAAAAUGAGAUGGAAAGCACCCAAAGGCAAUGUAGGAAAGCAGGUGACUCACUUCGUCAUAGAGAGGAGGGUGGCUGGAAAAAAAUUGUGGUUCAAAGUAGGGGUGGUGGAGAGCAACUACACCACAUUUGCUAUCGAGAAGGUGGAGGAAGGGAAAGCCCACUGAUUCAGAAUACGUGCCAUCAACUCUGAGGGCCUCAUCAAGCCCCUGGAAACAGAAGAAAUUUUUGCUGGAGAACCUAUUAACCCUCUGAGACAGGUGUGUCAGCCUCAAGUUGUAGAUGUCAGGAAAGAAGCUGUCACCAUCACGUGGAACUCCCCAGCCCAGGAUGAAGGCUCCGCAGUGCAAGGUUAAGUCAUAGAAAAAAGGAAGAAGGGCAGCAAUCUUUGUGUCCCAGUCAUCAAGGAGCCAGUCCAAGGUACCAGGUUCAAAGUGGAUGGUUUUCUGGAGGAUGCAGAUGAGUUCCGUGUGAUAGCUGUGAACUGUACAGGCCCUGGAUUUCUCAUCAUGCCCUCAACCUCCGUUGCAAAGGAUCCCAUCAAGCCUCCAGGACUGCUGAAGGUGGUGGAUUUUUCCAAUUCCAACAUUUCCUUAGCCUGGCAGGAGCCAGACCAGGGAGAUGUGCUGUCAGGAUACAUACUACAGAUGUGAGCUGAGGACACCAAGAAAUGGACAAAAUGCACCAAGAUCCCUUUCUCUAGUACCACUUACACUGUGGGAGGCUUGCAGGAGAGACAAAUCUACUUCUGAACCCGAGCUGUGAAUGAAGCUGGUAUGGGAGAAGCAGUGGAGUUACAGGAAGGAAUUCUAACAAUGCCACCUGAAGGCACUCGAUUUGAAUGGGAUGAACAGUCAGGUGCCAGCAUGCUGCAGUUGAAAUAAUAUUAUCAGAGGUCAUGCUUCAAAGACACUAAUUAUGUCUUGAGAAUGAAGGUAUCAUGACCUGCCAUGAAAUCCUUAGAUAGCUUACUAUUUGAGGUAGCGAAGUAUUUAAAUCUUUAUUGUUUAGGACUUACGAUUGCUUAAUUAUUAAUUAGGAAAUUCAGACUUUUUAUGUCUAAGAUACUCCCAGGUAACAAAGCAUGGUGCUGACUGCCCUCAGUAGCAGUAAUGCCAGCAAGAAAAGAUGCAUGAUUCAUGAGUCAUGGUAUACAAUGCUGAUUCUUAUAGAGUAGAAGGACAUUCAGGCUUGACUGAGGAAGUCUCAGAAGGCAACAUCCAGGUGACCGAUACAAAAAAUGGUUGUUUCUCUUCUCAGUUUCCGCUUUGGAAGUACACAAUCCAUCCGUGCAGCACGGCUUUGUUACCACAUCUCCAAAUAGAGAAACACCAAAAAAUCCCAGAGAGACUGCAGGCUCCAGACAAACUUCUCUGGUGUGGAAUGGCAACAUGCAGUACUGUACUGAAGAGUAUGAGAAGUCCUAUAAGAAACAGACAUUAUACAAAAUUGCUUGUGGCAGAAGGCAGACAGUAAAAUCAUCUAAUGAGGCAUUAAAGCUGCCUCUUCUUUUUCUUUGUUCUCAUUCACUUUUUACAUGAACUAUUUGUAAAUGUUCCUGUUCUGCCUGCCUCACCUGAAAUUGUCCUGAAUAGGUGCUCCUCACUAAGCUGUUUAUUGCUGAGGCAUUAAUGUUUCUCUUCUGGUGGUACAGGUAGUAGGAAAAGAGCUGGCAACAUUGCAACCCUUACACUAACUGCCUUCUGCUGAAACAGUUUGAACGUUUCUUCUUCCAGUCUCCAGGCCUGAGUCAACAGACUGAAGAAUGGCUUUACUUUUCUGUGCAAUCUCUCACUCUUAAUUUUUUAAUUUCUCGCUCUUUUUCUUUUAUCCCUCACAUAGGUUUGAUCUGACUGUGAGGCUGAAGAGCCACACGGUGGUUUGUGCUGGGACAGCACCAUGCGUUCAUACAUCUUCUCUGUGAGAUUCUGUGUUGUGUCCUGUCAGAGGAGAAAUCCUGCAAUUAGAGUUUUCUUGGGCAUCUGAUGAAAUACAGCUGCAAGGCUAUGGAGGCUGUAGUUGUCCUUUGGCCUUUAUCACAAGCUGUCACUUCAGUUUAAAAGAAGUUGACUGCUGGAGAAAAUUCAUGCAGUGCUUUAGGUUCAUGAUAACUGAAUAUGAUAACUGCAUAACUGCUCACUAUUUUUAUGGUUAUUCUUUUUAUAAGCCUCCCUGUGGUGGUAAGGGUAGAGGGACUUCUGUGCACGCAAGUUUGUCAGCUGCACAAUCCAGCCCUCUGCAGCUGAAGCCACAGUGUUCAGCAAACCAUAAAACAUUGGGGAAGCUCUCUGAUUCAUCACGAGAAGCAGAAUUUUUCAAGCAUGCAACUACAGUUCAUGCUAACUGAACUGAAAUCAUUCUUGAUUAAACCGUGAGUGACCUAGGGGAGUGAUCAGGUUGUAAAGACAACACUUGAGGUCCCAACACUGUCCUUUCUGAAUAUUACACUUCCUAUUAACAUGGAUGUUGAGCUCAUUUCUGUAGAAGCUAAGGGCAAUUUCUGUGCUUUUUUUUAAACCUAGGCUACUGCAUGAGCUGAAGCUCUACAGUACCUUGCAGAGUCAGCCCCAGUGUGAGAACAUAUCUCUCAGUCUAAAUUGUAUGAGUUUAUCUGUAUCACACCAGCUGUUGUCCCUCAGCUUUCAAGAUGAUCAAACUAAUGAAUUGUAGCAUAAAAUUUAUGUGGCACCUCCCAAGCCAAGCCAGCUCUAGGCGCUUUGCUGGGGACAAAGCCUGCCAUUGCCUUUACAGCUUGAAGAAAUCUCCAGGAUUGUUGUCCUUGAAAUAUUUUUCUAUCAGGCUGAUCAUGUACAAGUGGCUGCUGUAGACACAGAUAUCCCUUCUGUGCUUAAAGAUGUGGUUUGUUUCUGUUGCCACCCAAGUCAGGAAGCAGAACUUUAUAGUUGCAUGUUUGUCUUGGCCAGGGCUCCCCACCACCACCAGUGAUGU